ACAAUAUCGACAGUGUGUAGGAAUAUCGUACCUAUUUUGUUUGACGUCAAAGUCGCCAUUUUCUGAGGAAAGAGAGCCAGACUGUCGUCAAGCGAAGUUUCCCUUGAAAAUGUCUGACGUUGAAGAAUCUAACCAGCCUCAGACCCAGCCUCAGACACAACCUCAGAUCCAACCUCAGAUCCAACCACAGCCUGACAAGAAGGCUUUGGAGCAGAGGGAGGCUGACAAGCUCAAGGCCAAGUACCCAUCUUUAAGCAACUCUGGGGGUUCUGCUUUACUUCACAAAAGAUUGGCUAAAGGACAAAAAUAUUUUGACUCUGGUGACUACAAUAUGGCCAAGGCAAAGAUGAACAACCCAAAGAGGCCUCUUGCACCCAAUGAAAAACUUUUCUUGCAAGAAUCAAUUGGAGAGACUAUUCCAACCCCAGAAACCCUUCCACCUCGCAAACCCUCAAUAGUGACAAGCAAACUUGCAUCAGGAGCACUCUCUUGAUUGAGCAAUGGCAAAGUUCCUAAAGAGACAAUUUGGCUAAGGGGAGAAAACUCUAAAGGAAGGCCAAUGACUGAAACAGUAUCUUGGUUGUCAUUGUUAUGAUGGUUACUGUAAGCUUGAACUGACCUGGAUGGAUGUGUAUAUAGGGGCGUGUUUCACACACAAUCACACUCACAGGGAUCUACAUGAGUAUUCCUUUGUUUUAGUUUAUCAGACAUACAUCGUUAUUCAUGUGUAAUUAGUAAUCAUGGUAGUGGAAUGAAGACCUUUAGUGCUUGGUUUCCUCCUGCUUGUUGUGCCUCUUUAUUGCAGAGCUUUUGUCAAGAGUUAGUGUGCAUGUCACCUACAGAGAUAUUCUUGUAACUAGUUAUCAUUGUGGUGCUGUUUUGAUUUCAUACCUAUGAAGGUAGUGUUCCCAUAUCACAGUAGUCCCCAUCAAGCAUAUCAAGCUAAAAGACAAAUUGAAUUGCUUUUCUGAUGAAUAUCUCUCGAGCACAACAUCAAUAUCCUCUAAUGUUCUUGUUGAUUUGUGACCUUCUUUCAUCUCAUCAUGCUUUGAUUGCAAUGAUACUGACUUCCACAGCUGACUAACAUAUGGGGUGUUUAACCCUGGUAGAAAGCAUAAUAUAAGCUGGAUGAAGUAUCUUAGCUGUAAGUAGGUAACUUAUGCUCGCAGGGGUUUAACAGAAUUAUAUAUCAAAUUGGCACUUAACCCACUAACCAGUGUCCUUGUUCACGUGAAAUCCUAAAGGCUAGUCAAAUUUCAGCUUUUGUAGGGUGGCAUUGCGGAUGUGUGGUUAAGUUGUAAUCUGUUUGGUUUGCUUUAUUUUGAAAAUGACAAUUUUAAAAGAAUAAGUUUUCGACGCUACAUUUGUAUUGCACAACAUCAAAAUUAGAAUUAACAUGGUCUUGAUCAGUAUUUGUCUUUUUUUUGCAUUGUUGUUGAAAACUGUACAGGCUCAUCUUUAGUUUCUUUGAAGGUCUCCAGUGUAUAUAGCUGCCUUGUUUCUGUUCAUUGGGCAGAUUAUGAGGAUAAAUAUGUCACUUCAGGGUUAGAAUUGGUAGCAGGUAAUAAAAUGACACAGGGAAGUCAUUUUGCUACACAGGACAUGUAUGCUAGUAAAUGUCUGGUACUAGCGAGGACUUGUCAUCUGUUUUUUCUGGUUUGCAUCAGCACCUACUGCCAAGGGAGCUAACCAUACCUACUACUUAUAUAGCAACUGUUAAUCAAACGAUAAAGUGGAAGAAUAAAACUGGUAUAAGAAUGUUUGUGUUAAUUCAUUGAAAUGUUGGGUUUGGCCACCAUGGAAAGGUCUCAGUCAGUGUCAUUUAUUCUUGUACGCUGUUAAUGGCUGCAUGGACAUACGGUUAGUAAUCAUAUUCAGUUGACUACAGUAUGAAAGUUUGGGCUUUAAUUAUUAAAGAAAUACUUAAUCCUGACUGAGACUCGGAUAGCAAAUCAUUGUUUCUUUGCUGAAAAUAAGAGUACAUUUCUAACCUUUUUUAUAAUAUAUGGUUGUAUAAUCAAUAAGAGCUUGAUGCAUGGAUCACAAGACUUCUUUCUUGUUUCGUAGACUUUUCUUGUAAAAGGUCAAACAUUGUACUAUAUUUGUCCGGAGCUUUCACAUUUACUACUGCCUAUGAUGAAGAAAAUUAUCCAUGAUGGCUGAUAUGGCAGGCGCAGCCAGUAUGUUAAAGAUUGUUGGAAUAUAUCAUGAAAAGUUUGAAUGCAAGCGAACUGUGUGUAUCACGUGUAUUCAGAAUGUGUAUAUAUGUAGGUCUUGUUUGUCAUUUAUUGUUGUAUUUGUGGCCAUAUCUCUCAUUUAAAAUGAGAAACACAUUUUCUAAAAGCAGGUGUACAUAAUAGUACUAUGUUCAGAAAAAUUAUUUGAUUACUAUAUGUAUGGGAUAUGGCAUCAGAAUGGUACACUGAACACCCCUGUUAUGUCUUUUAACAUAGUUAAAGCACUCCUUUUAUUCAACAACUACUUUCCCUGAAAACUCAAUUUUUUCGUGUCAGAAAUACUUCAAAUGUUUCCAGGAUCUUGUGUAUGUGGUCCAUAUGAAUUAAUGUUAAUAGGAUUACAUUAAUGUGUUUUCCAUCUGUUAAAUAUUUUCCAGCAUUAAAUGUGCUAUGUGUUUAUGUGUCCGUUAUUAAUAGAGUAUUGUUUCAGUUGUUAGAUAGUUGCACACAAAAUGCAUAAAGUUGUAAGUUGCAUCAAACAUCACAAUUAUUUUUAUUUAGAAACAGUAACUUGGUUUAAUGACUAAGCAACACAAAUAAGUCCGUUUCUUUCAUGGCAAACUGCACGAAAGUAAAACAAAUGUUCAUGUUGAAGCUAAAUGCUUUGUUACAGUAAUACAGUUACAUAAAACACAUUAAAUUGUCAGAAAUAAUUUUUUUUGUGUUAACUAUGUGAUAAGACAUUUAGUGCAUGUUUAGUAAGGGUAAGAAGUGAAAUAUGUGGAUUCAGGAUUCCAGUUUGAAGAAGUUUUAAGAAAGCAGUCUGACUAAAGUUAAUGAAAACUAGGAAAGUCCUUGUCUCUUCUGUUGUGGUGAGUCUGUCUUGUGAAAGAAGAACAAUAGAUGCGUCAAUAUCAAAUGUACACUGUUGUUUUAAAUAGAACCAUCAAGCUUUAUAAAUUACGCUGGAAUUUUAUCAGAAAUAAAGUUUGAUGUUCAGUUUC